CGUAUUUUAUGUUAGAAAAUCGCUACAAAAACAGGUGGAUUAAUGAUUCGGUGUGUUUUUAGUGCAAAUAGAUCAUAAAGAUAAAAUAGAUCAUUUGCCGUUCAAAUUAGUUGGAAUGUUAUACGAUGAGCUCAUGGAGAGCAUAGAAGACAUUCCAUCUGAUGUAGAUUCGGUUGUUGACGUCUCUGAGGAAGAAACAGAUAUGAUGGAUAAUACUCAAGAUAUAAUUAUUAUGAAACUUGAUCUGGAAACUGAUAGUGAGGAUGACCCAGAGGAUGAUUUACCCCUCUCAGUUUUGCAGUCCCAGUUAAGAGCCUCCUCCUCCUGCAACGUAGGUGACAGUCGUGAUUGGUCAAAAACUAUGCUUCCCGAGAAACCAGGUGAUUUUGUUGACGACUUUGGAAUAACCGAUAUUGUAAUGAAUAUGGACACCCCAACACCUGGAAAGCUUUUCCAGUUAUUCUUCACAGAUGAACUUUUGGAUUUCAUUGUUUUCCAGACCAAUUUGUACAGCAAACAGACUGCUAGAGCGCCAAAAAUUAUAACUCGUCAGGAAUAUGAAUUAACAUGUAUUCACGUUGCUGCUCAGUGGUACUAA